GGCGCGGUGAAUACAUUACAACGACCAGCUGGAAUUGUGUAAUCCGUGUGUAUUUCUUUCGUUCAAGGGAUAGGAAUCUUGUACACUUCCCUGAACUGAGUUAUUACAUUUACCAUUUCAGCAAGCACCAUAUUUUAUCCAGCAUGAGCUCCAAGGUAUCAUUCAAGAUCACUCUCACCUCCGACCCUAAGCUGCCCUUCAAAGUACUGAGUGUGCCCGAGAACACGCCGUUCACUGCCGUGCUGAAGUUCGCCGCCGAGGAGUUCAAGGUGCCGCCGGCCACGUCAGCCAUCAUCACUGACGACGGAGUCGGCCUCAACCCUCAGCAGACGGCAGGUACCGUGUUCCUGAAGCACGGCUCCGAGCUGCGACUGAUUCCCCGGGACCGGGUCGGCUGCUAAGAUGGGUCGCUGACUUUUGACCUGUGACCUGACCGUGACCUUGGCCCGGCCGCCGACACCAGCUGCCUGCCCCUGAGCUGUACCAAGCACAGUUCGACGGGGGAGCGGUGAGCUUGCAGGCCCAGAGACCGUAUGUGACGCAUCGAGCUGACUAAGACGGGCUUCAGAGACCAGAGCGAAUGACAAACGCCCAACAGUGAAUGGUGAUGGUGGAAUAGACUCGCUUUGCCGAGUGGGGGGGGGGGGGGAGUGGCGAGCGUAAACUUGUCGACCUCUGUGUGUCGUCAGGUGAUCCAUUUUUCCGCCGCGGAGUGGGUUUCGGUCAUUCCCUUGUAGUGUUCAUUCUAGUAUCGGUUGCUGUUGAAUUUACAGACAUUUAUAAGAAAUAAUUUAUAUAUUAAGUGUCUCAUCUGGUUUGUUCUUCGAUCUGUCUCGCCUUUCUGGUUUCUUAUGGUUCUAAAUUUUACAAAUAUAUGACUAUUUUAUUA